AUGAUGGCUCACCUUUACUUCCUCUCAUUCUACCUGGCUUUGGUACUCCUGCCUGCAAUUCACUCCCUUCCUCUACUUAAACCGCUACUGGACACUCCUUACGGUUACCAGAAAGUUGCUAAAAUCGACGAAGGAGAUCCCGCGAAUCUUGUUUUAAGUGAAUCUUUCACAAAACUCCGGACGGGGAAACAGGCGGGAAAUCGAGGCCAGCGAACAUCUUUCUUUGGAAUCACAAAAGGAAACCUCAAGAACCUUCUCACCAAACAACCACAAAAUCCUGAAAAUGAAGUUUUGGCCAGCUGGGAAAUCUGUUAUGAUAUCGCUCAAAAGGCCGUUGAAUCAUCCCAGUCUAAUGAAGUAAAAGAAAUGGCCAAUGCUGUCCUGAGAAUCGGCCCUGAAUUCGAUCUUCAUCAAUAUCAUUCUCAAGAGGAAAUGCAACAUCUGAAAUUUACAAUCAAUCUUUUCUCUAUGUAUCUUGAGGUCGAUUCUCUCAACCCAGCGGAGAGGAUUUGGGCCGUUGGGGCACUCUCAUACCUAAGAUCUCGAGUUCCGGGGUCUAGAGCCUUAGAAAUGCCCGGCUUCUGGACAGCUAACGCCUUGGGCAGGUUUCGGAGUAAUUCUUUACUCUUUUUUCUAAAAGACAAAGACUUGGGAAAAGUAGCUCAGGAGAUGUGGUCAGAGGUCCCUCCCAAAGUAGAGACAUCAGAGCUAGUCACUCAGGAGGCAAUUCAAAGGGAGGCAAUAGUGCACCUUAUCAAACGACGGAUAAGCGAGGUCCCCGGUGAACAAUCAAUAGAGUUUGACAAACUUUUUCUCGACUUCAUCAACUUGGAAACUCCGAUAGAUUCACAGAAAGCCUCAUCACUGAUGACAUUGAUUAUAAAUAAUUUGGAACACCCAGAAAGACAAAGGUGGAGUCUAUUUGAUGAAGAAGCAAACAUCGUGAGAUUGCUAUUACAUCUCGAGGAAUAUCAUUCUACAAGUUAUAAAGCAUUCGGAGACUUAACCAAAGCAGAUAAUGACAUCCGGAAAAGAAUACUCGACCAUGACAUAAGUUUUCAACUUGAUGGAGAAAAGCUACCUCCAAGUGCCAUCAAUCUUUUGAGAGAAUUUCAAAACAUUAAAUCCGUACACGAAGAUCACAUCCCCAAGAUUUUAGAAGUAUUAAAAGAAGAAGAAAUAUCGGUUCCUGAACUAGGAAGAUUUUUUAGAGCACUCAACUUGGUAUUCCAGAGCGACCGCGAGAUGGUCAAGCCGUUCAUACUCCAACUGGAUGGAUACUAUAGGAUGAUUCCAGAACUCGUAGAUAAAUUAUUAGAUUAUCGUUUGAGUCGAGUGAUUCCGGGUCCGAAGCCCUUUUUGUGGGAAAACCUAGAAUCUUUGAUCAUACUUAAAAGCGAAGAUAUAGUAGCAGUGAAGUAUAUAGAUGAUCUUGCAGAAGACUUGGUAUCCAGAGGUGUGCUUACAAAGAGUGAGACCGCUAGACAAUAUUUCGCUGGAGAAUCCAAAGAAGUCAUGGUUGAUCGCAUGUUACAUGGGAUAUUCAAAAAGAUGUUGGAAGCCAAAAAGCACAACCCGCACACAGAUGACGUACUUGUAGAAUACAUCCUUCACCUCAUCGCCUUCAAAAACGACCGUACCGAGCUACACUAUCAUCUUCUCGACCUUGUAAAGGACCCCGAACAACUUCCCCUUCGUCAGACUCUUGGCUUCGGACCACUUCGCAAACAAGUACUUAAUUUUGUUGCUGAUGGCCAAAUCAGCGAGUUCUCAAAAGCUCUCAAGAAGCUCGAAGAAACCAUACAGUUGUUAUUAUCUAAACCCAACCACAAUAUCGAAUUUCCAAGUCCUUCAGACUUGACUUAUAAGUCACGUGUGAUGAGUUAUUUUUAG